UUCACGUCCUUGAAAUGCGAGGAUCUCUCAUCUUAGGAACCCUAGAAACCCUAGAAACCCAAUCGGAGAUCUCGCGAUGAUGCGGUCACCGAACCCGGCACCGGCGGCAGUGGCGGCGGCGGAGGACGAUGGGCACCACCGGGUAUCGGCGCCGGGGGCAAGGAGGAAGGGAACGGCGAGCAGGGCGUGGCUGGUGGUGGCGGCUAGCGGAGCCUCGUACCUCGAGGAGGUUGGAAAGCACUCAAUCAUGCGGCGGACGGGGCUCCCAGCGCGCGAUCUCAGAGUCCUUGAUCCGUUGCUCUCGUACCCGUCCACGAUUCUGGGAAGAGAGAGGGCGAUCGUGAUCAAUCUGGAGCAUAUCAAGGCUAUUAUCACUGCUAAUGAGGUUUUGGUACCGAAUUCGAAGGAGCCUUCGGUGGUUCCUUUCGUUCAGGAACUUCAGGCCCGGACCUCGAGUCCUCAUCAGCCGCCGUCGGAGCAGGCUGCGGAGUCCAGUGACAUGGAUGGAGAGAAUAGGAUGAAGGCUGUUGUAUCAUCUCCUAAUCAGAGUGGUGUAGGGGGACAACAAAGUGGGAGUCCCAACCAGUAUCUAGCAUCAACAACUGGAAAUGUUGAAAUGGCAGAAGGUAGCCCAAGGCCUCCAUUGGACUUAUGCAAAAAUGGUGUCACUAAAGUAUUACCUUUUGAGUUCAGAGCACUUGAAGUCUGUCUUGAAUCUGCUUGCAGAUGCCUUGAAUCUGAGACAUCAACAUUGGAACAAGAGGCGUAUCCAGCUUUGGAUGAGUUAACUUCUAAAAUCAGCACACUGAACCUUGAGCGUGUUAGACAAAUAAAGAGUCGUUUGGUUGCUAUUUCUGGCCGUGUACAGAAGGUUAGAGAUGAACUUGAACAUCUACUAGAUGAUGACAUGGAUAUGGCUGAGAUGUACUUGACAGACAAGCUUGUUCGCCAACCAGUUGGUGAAACCUCGUCAAGAGUUGAGUUAGACAAUGAUGUAUUCGAAGUGGGUGAGGAUAGGGAUGAAGAUAUCAAGGAUGACGCAGAGAGCAGCCAUGGCAGCUUAUGUGGUUUCAAGCCUAAUAUCGAGGAUCUGGAGAUGCUCUUAGAAGCUUACUUUGUUCAGAUAGAUGGAACCUUAAAUAAGCUAUCAACUCUGCGAGAGUACGUUGAUGACACUGAGGAUUACAUCAACAUCAUGCUUGAUGAGAAACAGAACCAGCUUCUUCAGAUGGGAGUCAUGCUCAGCACAGCAACUCUUGUGAUCACAGCAGGGGUCGUGGUCGUAGGGGUGUUCGGAAUGAACAUAACCAUUGACCUCUACAGCGCACCUUACGCCAAGUUCUGGGAGACGACAUUAGGUACCAUCGGAAGCUGCAUCAUUGUUUAUAUUUUGGCCAUUGGAUGGGGCAAGAAGAGUGGUUUACUGCAGUGAUUAUUCACAGCUUCCACAAAUAAUCAUUGCCUACACUCCCAUGUAUUGACAUAAAUGCACCUGCAUUUUAAUUUGCACAUGGUGUUUCUUCGAAGGUUCGGCGAAAUUCACCAGUGUAAGCAAAAGAAUUAACAAGUUGGUCAGUUCUUAGUCUGAUCUACCCUCUGAAACUUGGAGUUAUUUGACUUAAAUACCAGCUUUCACUUUAUGAUGUAUACGGUUACCUGUGUCAGAAUAAUUUAUAAAAUGCUUAUGUUAUCAGGCA